ACAUUCGAGGCGGGUGAGGGAAAUCCUUUGCCUGAAGGGGGCCCGUUUCGGUUUCAUUUCCCGGGAGGAGGAGGCGGUUGUGGCGAGGGGUCGGCCGAUGGUGCUCAUGCUGGGCUCUAACAACUGACAAGGGAGACAGAGGCCUGGGGGGACCGCCUUAUCCGCCGUCUGUCACCAGUACAUCGCGCCAAGCAUCAUGGAGGAGCUAGUGGUGGAGGUGCGGGGCUCCAACGGAGCCUUUUACAAGGCAUUUGUAAAAGAUGUCCACGAAGACUCCAUAACUGUUGCUUUUGAAAAUAACUGGCAGCCAGAGAGGCAGAUCCCAUUCCAUGAUGUAAGGUUUCCUCCACCUGCAAGUUCUAGCAAGGACAUCAAUGAGAGUGAUGAGGUAGAGUUUUUGAGGGUGAAAGGCGAAGAUGAUUUCAUGGUGUAUUCCAGGGCAAAUGAGAAAGAGCCAUGCUGCUGGUGGCUUGCUAAAGUUAGAAUGAUAAAGGGUGAGUUUUACGUUAUAGAAUAUGCUGCCUGCGACGCAACAUAUAAUGAAAUUGUCACCAUAGAACGGCUGCGGUCUGUGAAUCCCAACAAGCCUGCAACAAAAAACUCUUUCCAUAAGAUCAAGUUAGAAGUGCCCGAAGAUUUGCGUCAAAUGUGUGCAAAGGAAUCUGCCCACAAAGAUUUCAAAAAGGCAGUGGGAGCGUUUUCGGUCGCAUACGAUUCAGAAAGCUGCCAGCUGGUCAUUCUGUCUGUCAAUGAAGUGACCAUAAAAAGGGCAAACAUGUUGAGCGAUAUGCAUUUCCGAAGUCUUCGCACCAAACUCUCCCUGAUGUUGAGAAAUGAAGAAGCCAGCAAACAGCUUGAAAGUUCCAGGCAGUUAGCCUCCCGGUUUCACGAGCAGUUUGUUGUUCGAGAAGAUCUGAUGGGUCUUGCGAUUGGUACACAUGGAGCUAAUAUUCAGCAGGCUAGGAAAGUUCCUGGUGUCACUGCCAUCGAUCUGGAUGAAGACACGUGCACAUUUCAUAUUUAUGGAGAGGACCAAGAUGCUGUAAAGAAAGCUAGAACUUACCUUGAAUUUGCUGAAGAUGUCAUACAAGUCCCUCGAAAUUUAGUAGGUAAAGUGAUUGGAAAAAAUGGGAAACUAAUUCAGGAAAUUGUGGAUAAGUCUGGUGUUGUUCGAGUGAGGAUUGAAGCAGAAAAUGAUAAGAAUAUUUCCCAAGAGGAGGGAAUGGUUCCUUUUGUGUUUGUGGGAACAAAAGAUAGCAUUACCAAUGCAACCGUUCUUUUGGACUACCACCUUAACUAUUUAAAGGAAGUGGACCAGUUACGCCUGGAAAGGUUACAAAUUGAUGAACAACUCCGUCAAAUUGGAGCUAGCUCCAGGCCUCCACCAAAUCGUUCAGAUAAAGAGAAAGGAUAUAUGAGUGAAGAUUGUAGUGGUAUCGGCCGAGGAAGUCGACCUUACAACAACCGAGGGCGCAGCAGACGGGGCGCAGGCUACGCCUCAGGUACAAAUUCAGAAGCAUCCAAUGCCUCUGAGAAUGAGUCGGACCACAGAGACGAAUUGAGCGAUUGGUCUUUGGCCCCAGCUGAAGACGAUCGGGAUAACUAUCUCCGAAGAGGCGAUGGACGUAGGCGGGGUGGUCCACGUGGACAAGGGCCAAGGGGACGUGGUGGCUUCAAGCUAAAUGAUGACUUAUCAAGAGCUGACAACCGGCAACGCAAUUCGAGAGAGUCUAAAGCAAGGACAUCAGACGGUUCCCUCCAGAUUCGUAUUGACUGCAAUAACGAGAGAAGUGUACAUACUAAAAGUUUGCAGAACACCUCCAUCGAGGGCAACCGCUUGCGCGCCGGCAAAGAUCGUGUUCAAAAGAAGGAGAAACCUGAAGGCGUGGAUGGCCAGCAAAUGGUUAAUGGAGUACCGUAACCAUACAUGUUUGUAGUAAUAGACGCAGUAAUAGACACAGUCUCAACAAAAUAAAAUUUAACAAAAGCAUCAUUUUGCAUUAGAGAAACCUGUUAGGCCAAAGACAAAGGGGCAAGUUAAUGCAGGAUAUGAAACAGAGUUCCUGUUAGCCUUAUUUUGUUAGUGUUGGCUGUUAACAGUUUUCAAAUGUCAGGCGUUGUAAACAUUUGCAUUAAACAUCAAACCUUCUGAGGCUUUCAAGUACAUAUUGCACUUGAUUUAAAAAAAAUAAAUAAAAAAAGAAAGUAUUCUUUGUUUAAAAGAGAAAAUAAAUGAAAACGUAAUAAGCUGUGUGUUGGUAUACUUGUGUUCAGUUGUACCAUUCUAAUGCAGCUGAUUAAGAUAAUAAAAAUAGAAACACUGCUAUCUUGAAAAACGUAAGAUUGAAUAAUGAAUGCGUGUAAUUCAGCUGGACUUAUGUUUCCUAUUGUGCAUUACGUCUUAUGUCCUUUCACGUGUCUGACUCAUUGGAAGUAUCUAAGUGGGACCUUAGGUUUGUGUAAUAUAAUGAAUUCUCAUUUUCAUUGGGCAAAAAAACAAAAA